CAUCGGAUGGACAGAAUUUAGAAGCUACGGAUAAUGAAGAUGGCAAUUAUCUAAAUGGUGGCGAUGGAUGGACAAAAUUUAGAAGUUAAGCAUGAUCCAAACCCUAAUCGUACAUCGUUGCUUCCGCCUUCCGGGACAGCUCAGUUUCUCGUGGAAUCCAUCCAUGGCUAUGGCUGCUGCUGCUAGAGCCGAAACUCGGCCACCUUCUAAAGACGACGAAGAGACGUCUACCGAAGAACCAGAAGAAGAGGAUGUCGAUUCGGAGUCGGAAGGAGAUCAAGAAAAACCCGACACCCAAUCAUCUCAGAAAUCUCAAUUCUCUUUCGAGUCCUCCGAAUCGGAAUCCGACUCGAAAUCGGCCAACGGUUCCGCCAUAAAACCCAUUCUCAAGCCAACUCCUCUGUUCCCAAAGUCGCCUGAAUCGUAUUCAAAGUCAUCUUCAAAGCGCCCGAAGAGUAAAUCUGUGACAGAGGGGGAGAAAAAGUCUGGGGGCCGUCUCUGGACUGAUGAAGAUCAGGUUUCCCUCCUUCGAGGUAUGAUUCAAUUCAAAUCCGAAAAAGGGGCCGAUCCUCUUGCAAAAAUGGCUGAUUUUUAUGAAUUUCUCAAGGAUAGAUUAGAUUUCGCGUUUUCAAAGUCCCAGGUGCAAGAAAAAAUUAGGAGGCUUAAGAAGAAGUUUAUGAAAAAAGGGGAAACCUCUACUUCCAAUCCUGCUGAUUCUCAGAUCUUUCAACUUUCACAAAAAUUUUGGGGUUCUGAAAGUGGAAGUGGUAAAAAUUUGGAUGCAUCUAGUGGAAAGGGGAAAAUGCUGGCAGAGGUUAAAAACCCUAGUGAUUCUAAAAAGAUUGUUGAGAGUAGUAAUGCAGUGGAAAAGAGCAAAGAGAAAAAGAAGAAAGCACCCAAAGACGAAGAAAUCGGGGCGAGGAAAAAGAUGAAGAAGGAGAUUACAGUUGUUGAAAAAGACGAACGGACUACUUCAAAGGGAAAAGAUGACCAAACCAUUGCUGAGAGAGUAGGUGUUCAGGCCAUUGCUGAUGAGGGAAAAAAUGACCCGUCAGUUGGUAGGGGAAACGGUAAACAGAUUGCUAUGAAUGGUGUAGUCCAAGUUGAAAUGGGGAAGAGGGAGAAGGAUUUCCGGUCCAAAUACCCUCAUUUCCUCAACUCAUUCAGUGUGAAAUACUAUCCGUUGACACCUGAGGAGACACUGGGUAAAUGGAAGGAAAAUGCUAUUCUGCUUGAUUGUUCUGUGGCGGAGAAGGUCGAGAAGAAAUGGGACAAUGUGUGGGAAGAAUACGGUAAACUUGGUCGGAUGGUUGCAGAUUUGGUAUCACUCCAAGCUAGGAUGAUGCACGAUGAAGAGCAUUUUUAGGCUAUCAAAGUAAGUCUUCCAUCUCAGGAUAGGGGAGAAAAAAAGUACUUUCAGCAUAAGAAAUGCUUGUUAUCUGGAUAUUAUUAGAUAAAAAUCUCAGCAUAAGUGAUUUUAUUUAACUUAUUUAUGUAACUGCCUUAUGUUUAUUUGUUUUGUUGUAACUUAAUGAACCCAAAAAAGUUGUGAAAUUUCU